AUGUCGGUUCCUACCAUGUCUCAACGCGUAGAGGCUGAAAGGCAGGACCGGAAACUUGCUGAUAUCAAGGAGCUCAAUUUGGAAGGGUGUUCUGCCACCGAGGUCGAGGGCUUGACUGAUGAGUACACGUGCCUGGAGAAACUCAACAUGUCCAAUAUUGGGCUAACAACUCUUGCUGGACUUCCAGCUCUACCGGCCUUAAUGCAUCUUGAUGUUUCAGGCAAUCCAAUUGCUACCGGUCUUGAUUCCCUGAAAAACUGCCCCAGCUUGGUUUCUCUUAAUCUCUCUGGGAAUAAGUUGGGAGCGAUAGCCGAUCUGGCUCCUCUCGCGUCGUUGGAAAGUCUCUCUCGUCUUGAAAUGGGCGACUGCGAUUUGGUGAGUGUUGAGGGUUAUCGGAAGGAGGUUUUCGCUCUUUUACCACACUUGAAAUUCCUCGAUGGCCUGGAUCAAAAUGGCGUUGAGGAGGUUAACAUGAAAGUCACUGGUGACGUUGUCAAUGGACCCAAAAAUGGGCACGUGAUGAGUGCUAAUGAUGAAGAUGUUGAUGAUGACGAGGGUGAUGAGGAGCAGGAUGAAGAUGAGGAUGAGGAGGAUGAGGAAGAAGAGAUGGGCAUUUCUGCCCUUCAAGGCAGCAAAGACCUUGAAGAUGAUGAAGAAGAUUACGUUCCUGGUGAUGGAGAGGAUGACGCGGAAGAUGAUGACGAGGAGGAGGAAGGGGACGAGGAUGAAGAGGGUGAAGAGGAGGAAAACAUAGAAGAUGAAAUCGCAAACCUGUCCGGUUCUGGCGUCACGGAUUCGCGACGCGCUCACAAGCGACCUGCUGAUGACUCUGACGCCGUUGGUGUUAGCGAGGCGAAGGUGGCGGCUACAGAAGACAACUAA